CACCAUUCUUACACACUGCUUUUGGAUAACCUUAUGCCACACCUGGUACACAUAUUCAAGCAGUUCAGCUUGGUUUGAUGGCUUGUGAUCAUCCAUCUUCCUCUUGAUUAUAAUUCAGAAGUUCUGCAAUACUAUACUCAUCAUUUUAAGUGGUCUCUUAUUUUUUUCCAUGGGUGUAUAUAUUAACGUUGAAAUAUUGUCCAGCCCUCGUGUCUAUAUAUGUGUGUAUAUAUGUAUAUGUGUGUGUGUGUAUUUAUGUAUGUGUGUGUACACAGGACUUAAAACUGCAUGCCACAAGGCUACACUCCAUUAUACAUGAUUUGUAUACAGUGGAUAACUUUAACAGUGUUUGUAUGUGUGUGUGUAUUCUUACAGGAGGAGACGCAAGAGGACGAAGACAGUCCCAGUAACAGUGCAGGCCUGGAGUGCGGCCAGGCUCCUAUAGAGGAGGAUCAGAUGGUGGAGGAGCGGCGUGGGGUGUGUGUGGCGGAGGUGCGGGCCGGAGGGCUGGCCUGCUCCCUGUGCAAGCAACUGUUUAGCAGCCUGCUCCAGCUGAGGCAGCACGAGUACGGCCACACUCUCUCGCUCAUGGCCCUGUCUCUGGACUGCCUGGAGCCGCAGCGCCCCCUGAUGGCUCCUUCGUCCUCCUUCGAGCCCCCUCCGCCGCCGCCGCGCUACCACUGCCCUCGCUGCCCGGCCAGCUUCACGCUGAAGUCCAAUGCAGACCGGCACGAGAAGACCAUCCACUUCAAGCGCAAGCUGAUGCGCUGCCCGUACUGCCUCAAGCACUUCCGUGACCGCACCGACCUCAACCGCCACCUGUCGUCCGUGCAUUCCAGCGAGCGCGUCUAUAGCUGUCCGGCCUGCGCCCGCGCCUUCAGCACUCAGAAGAACCUGGCCACCCACGCCAAGGUCUGCUGCCAGGCGGGCGCCGCCCCCGUCGAGCUGCUCUGGAACUCCCACAGCCUCAAGGAAGAAGUCCACGCUGACCUCAGUCAUGACCACGGCACCGAUUGAUUGCUGGCUCCGUGUCUUUGGUCUGCCGUUGGGGGCCAGAUAUUCUAGCAUGUUUGUGUUUGGACGGGUUCCUCACACACUUGAAAACAAGCCCUGUGCAUUUACAAGAAAAAGUCGUAAUCCAUACUUAUUAGUUUAUCAGGCUCAUAUCGCAUAUUACUUCCUAUCACCAGCCACUAAAUUUUUAGCGCCAAAUGAACACAAUGGAACAACCAAAGCACAAAGUAGCAUCAAAGCAUCAUCCAGUAUGAUGCACCCGUUUAAAUGAUUGCAUUCAGCUACUUGAAGUUGCACCUGUUGCUGAUACAGAUGUGCAGAUAUGCACACAUUCACACACAGCAUAUCUAGCCACUUUAAAGAAGCACUGUCAAUAGAAUAGGAAGGAGGUUCAGAGACAGUUACUCCAACAAAAGAGGAUAAACUGCUAAAAAGAAACGAAUAAAAAAAGAUAAAUGAGCAGGUGUCCCAAGAAUUUUGUCUAUAGCGUAUCUAGUGUUUCUGGACGUAUAAAAUGUAGAAUUUGUACCAAAUUUAGAAGAAAUUAAUUUGUAGGGUCACAAACACACUAUUAUAUGAUUAUUGUAUUCACAAUGGCACAAAAUGAAAAAGUCUUAAAAUUACAUUAAUAUAAUUUAUUUUUCCCCAAAAAAAGUUAUUGUGACAGGGGACAAGGAUACAAGUCUAGUGAGAAGGAUUUUAAGGACAUUAAGGAGUUUUUAAGGAUUUAAAACAUUCCUGAUCAGUUUCAUCCGUUAUUAUAUUGUAAGUAAUAGUGAUCAUAAUAAUAACAACACAUGAGCAUCACCACAUAAUCUACUCAGGGGUUCCUUACCGAACUGAUGCCCGUUUUUGGGCUUUAGCACUGAGAUUUAUACUGAGCUUUGUAUUGGAUUUGUAUAGGAUGUGUACAGACUUUGUAUCAUAUGUGUAAAAAAAAAGAACUGUGAAUAUUUGUGAAUUAAACUCUAUAUUCUAUAUAAGUAAAUAUUUUUAUAUGAUUCCUGGACAUGCACCGACCGCAACAGCAGCAGCAGCAGCAACAGCUUUGGGUGUUGAUAAGUGCAACAGCCUCUAUGCAAAGAUGAAGACAAAAUAUUGGCCUUAUCGGACGUCCGGGCAUGUGUGUAAUCAGACUGGAGAACACAGUGUAAUGGAUGCCAGUAUGUACAGUCAGUGUUUUUUGGUGGCUCUGUUUCUCAAUCCCUCGUCCCACUCAGUGUGAGAAUGCAAAACAGCGCUUCUGUCCCAGUAUUUCAGUAAGGAAUUGAUGAUACAGUUUAACGUAGAGUAUAUAUUUGAGGAGCCCAGGUUUCUGAUUGACCCUGUUCACACCUGAUAUUUUAAUUGCAUCUCCUGUGAACACCUGUGAUUUCUUGGGAGUUCUCACAUUAUUAACAUUGGUUUACAAUUACGAUAAGAGACUUCUAGAUUUCUUUGGACUUGGAGUCCUUAGUUCAAAUCCAGAUGAUGCUCCUAGUUUUUUUUUUGCAGUCCAGCCACCUUUAUCUGUUAGCUUGUUAUUGUAGUGUGCUCAGAUAACCCACAUGGAUAUUACGGUGUGGUUUUGUAAUUAUUGCAUCUACAGCUCUGAACAAAAUUAAGAGACCAUUCUGAUUUUGCUAUUUAUUGGUAUAUGUUUGAGUAAAAUGAACAUUGUUGUUUUAUUCUAUAAACUAAGGACAACACUUCUCCCAAAUUCCAAAUAAAAAUACUGUCAUUUAGACCAAUUAUUUGCAGAAAAUGAGAAAUGGCUGAAAUAGCAAAACAGUUGCAGAGCUUUCAGACCUCAAAUAAUGCAAAGAAAACAUGUUCAUAUUGAGAAAGUUUUAAGAGUUCAGAAAUCA